AGCAGAAAUCAUUUUCGGCUUCAAUCCGAAAGCACAAUGCUCGCCUUCUGCACCAUAGCUCUCGCUCUGGCUGGGUUGGCUCACCCCAAAGAGUUCCAGUUCCUAAACCGGGGCUCGCAGACCAUUUGGGUCGGAAUUCUGGGAAACAGACUGCUAGAAGAUGGAGGCUUCGCACUGGCGCCUGGUCAGCAGGUGAACGUGCCCUUCAGUGACAGUUGGUCGGGCCGUGUGUGGGCACGUACCGGCUGCAAUUUCGAUGCGAACGGCGUAGGUCCUUGUGAAGUCGGGGACUGUGGCAACAAGCUGAAGUGCAAUGGCGCAGGUGGAGUUCCACCUGUAUCACUCGCCGAGUUCACGACUGGGGAUUUGGACUUCUAUGACGUCAGCUUUGUUGAUGGUGCUAACGUUCCUAUAGAGAUCAUCUCACUAGGUGGAGUACCGGACCAGAACAACCAGUAUUCCUGCCAAACUGCCGGCUGCACUGUGGACCUGCUCUCUAACUGCCCCAAUGAGCUCCAAGUGAAGAAUUCAGCAGGGCAGACAGUGGCUUGCAGAAGUUCCUGUAAUAAGUUUGGAACAGACGAAUACUGUUGUGCUGGCGAGUACAACAAUCCUAAUGUCUGUGAUCCUUCCAAUUGGAUAAUCAACUCUGCUUCUUACUUCAAGAGAAACUGUCCCAAUGCCUACAGCUAUGCUUAUGAUGAUGGGUCCAGCACAUACAUCUGCCCACAUAACAAUGUGGGCUAUAUGAUUGUCUUCCAUUAAGACGGGGGAUAUAGCCUGUAACUUGGAUGACUGUGUGACAAUCGUGGAUAUUAAUAGACAAAAUUAUGUAUCUCACCCAUUUGUUUACUUUCCUCGGCCUAAUUUCCUUAUUUUAAAAGACUGGAAAGGCUGUACCCCUAAAAUGUAGUAGACAACAUUCCCAAUAGCAUCUUUGCAGUUCAGUGACUAUUCUUGCGAACUGUUUAUAAAAUUUGAUUAACGGUUUACGAUAGCAUGAAGAGUCCAAUUAUGGCCUUAAGUUUCUGGACUGUAUCAGGGGUCAAUACAAAUUUGAGUGAAAGUUUCCCAUAUCAAAUUUUUAAGAAAAUCUGCCCAGUGAUUUAUGUGUUGGUGUUGUUACUAACAGAUGAACCUACAUGAUCUCAGAAAAUUUGUGCAAUGAUCUCCAAUGAACCAUUUUUAAUUAGUCCAAAAGUUCAGGAGUUAUAGAAGGGAGGGGUAAACUUUGUCUCAUGGGGGGGGGGGUAAUUGGUCAUAAAAUGUGUAAUUUUUCCAUACAAUUUUUUUAAGCAUCUUUCACUGUAAUAAAUGUUUAGAGAAUUACAUGUCAGUUACGUUCCAAAUGCUCAUAGAUCUUUGCAUGAUAUGCAUGAAAUGAAUGCUGACCGUGUCUGUCUGCUUAUCCACAGGUUUCAAUUCGAGAAUCGUUAGAUGAAUUUUCAUGAAAUCUAACCAGUAAGGAAAAGUCUUCCCUAUGGAAUGCAGGCCAAAUAUGAUAAAAAAAAUACUAAUAAAUUCUUCAAAACUGUUGCAAAGUUCAAAUAUCUGGGAAGACAGUAAAAAUUAAAAUUGCAUUCACAAAGAAAUUAAAACCAGAUCAAAUUUCAAUUGAGUUCAAAUUCUUUGUCUUCAUACCUUAUAUCUAAAAAUAAAAAGAUUACAAUAUACAAUAUUGUGAGUUCACGAUUAAA